UGUCCCUCGGACACAGUGGAUCACCGAUCAAUGAAAAGAGCCGAAGAUGUCGGCUCGGUCAUGUGAUCAGCUGUAUCUAAUCACAGCUGAUCGCAUGGGACAUGUACACUGAUCAUCAGGGCACCGAUGAUCAGUGUGCUCUGAUGAUCAGUGUAUCCCCAGCAGUGCCAUCAAUGCCACCUGUCAGUGCCCAUCAAUGCCACCUGCCAGUGCCCAUCAGUGCCACAUAUCAGUGCCUACCAGUGCACAUCAAUGCCACAUAUCAGUGCCCAUCUGAGCUGCCUUUCAGUGUCACCUAUCAGUGCCAGUCAGUGCCACCUAUCAAUGCCAGUCAGAUCAACCUAUCAGUGCUGCCAAUCAGU